UCAUGGCAUGCAAACUAUGCAGACAGCGCCUAUAUCUAUGUCGGAGGGCUGGACUAUAGGCUGACUGAAGGAGAUGUCAUCACCAUCUUUUCUCAGUACGGUGAACCUGUCGAUGUUCAUUUGCCUCGGGACAAGAAGACAGGAAAGUCACAUGGUUUUGCAUUUCUUGCGUAUGAGGAUCAGAGGAGCACGAAUUUAGCCGUAGACAAUCUCAACGGAUCCAAACUCCUUGGAAGGACCCUUCGAGUG